UUGAAAAGCGGGCGGGAAAUCUGAGUUUCGCGGGAGGCUCUUGGCGCGUAACCCUUCUCCCUUCCCUUCAUUCAUUGUCAGCGGCAGCCGCCGCCGCUGCUUCCUGGAGCCAUUUUCCAGGCAGCCCCAGCGAGCGGCAGCGGCCGGGCUCCAUCCGUGGCAUCUGCCCGCUGCGCGGGCUCGUUCGCUCUCGCGACGACGCCUCCGGCAGCCGCAGACCCCCCGCUACCCCCGGCCCGGACCAUUUCGAGUCCGGCGUGGGCAUCGAGCGGCGAAAGAGCCCGGCAGGCCGGGUGGGGGGCGGCGACGGAUCAGCGCCAAGGGUGGGAGGAGACUCCGCUCCGGGCGCAGGCAGACCCACAAGGGGAAGGAUGCGGAGGAGAGCACUGCAGCCGCACGCCCUCGCUGCUCGGCCGCCCUCGGCUCCCAUGGACUCCGCGGCGGCCUCCGCUGUCGCCGUCAGCUUCCCUCCCCGCUUCGCUCCCGCCGCUUUCCUCCAGAUCCGCAGCAGUUCCGGGGCAUCCGCGUUGGGGGCGCCUUGGGUCUCCUCCUGCUUUCCCGGGACGGCUGGCGGCGGGGCGGAGGGCGCCCGGCCCAGUCUUGUGGGCAGCGGCAGCGCCUUGUGCUGCACCCCGCACGGGCCCGCCGGCCGGACGGUGUUGCUGCAGCCCGCCCUGGAAAGUGCAGGCCGACCCUCGGCAAAGCGAAGACUGGAACUGGGAGGAAGCGGACAGCAGUUUCUGGCUGAAGGACUAAGAACGCCAAAGGGGAAAGGGAGAGCUGCAACUAGAAGUCCAGAUAGUCCCAAAACUCCCAAAUCCCCUUCAGAAAAGACGCGGUAUGAUACAUCGCUGGGUCUUCUCACCAAGAAGUUUGUUCAGCUUCUGAGCCAGUCCCCAGACGGUGUCGUAGAUUUGAACAAAGCAGCAGAAGUCCUUAAGGUACAAAAAAGGAGGAUUUAUGACAUCACCAAUGUCCUGGAAGGCAUUCACCUCAUUAAAAAAAAAUCCAAGAACAACAUUCAGUGGAUGGGCUGCAGUCUAUCGGACUUUGGGGGGAUGUUGGCACACUGUCAAGGCUUGUCCAAGGAGGUGGCAGAACUCAACCUGGAAGAGCAAAAGUUGGACGAGUUGAUACAAAGCUGUUCUCUUGACCUAAAGCUACUAAGAGAAGAUUCUGAGAAUCGGAGAUUAGCGUAUGUUAGAUAUGAAGACAUUCAAGAAAUAAGUAGCCUUAAAGACCAAACUGUCAUACUUGUGAAAGCUCCUCCAGAAACGAAACUUGAAGUGCCUGACCCAACAGAGAAUAAGCUGAUACACUUAUCUAGUACCCAGGGGCCUAUUGAAGUUUACUUGUGUCCAGAAGAAACAGAUUACCACAGUCCAAUGAAAACGCAAGAUCAGGAUCAUAAUGGAAAUAUCUCAAGGAAUGUUUCCAAAGAUUUGAUUUCUGAUAACUCGGGAAGUCUUGACUGUUCAGUAACUACAGCAACCAUCUCCCCAUUGGCCUCUCCAACCAACCUUCUGCAGCAGACAGAGGACCAAAUUGCAUCAGGUUUUGAAGGGCCAUUUGUAAGCUUGCUGCCGCCUCUACUUCAUGAAGAUUAUUUGAUCAGUCUUGGCGAAGAGGAGGGUAUCAGUGACCUCUUUGAUUCUUACGAUUUUGAAAAAUUGCCAGCAUUGGUAGAUGAAUUUUUAUGCAGCUGAUUAUUCCUUGUGUCUCUUCCCCCC